AUGAACGCUACCAUGGCGAAUCAGUCGGACUGCCCCGAGGUGAAGGUCCCUGUCCCUCUUUUCUUCACCAUCGGUGUGGUGAGCCUGGCUGAGAACCUGCUGGUCGUGGUGGCUGUUAUACGGAACAGGAACCUCCACUCGCCCAUGUACUGCUUCAUCUGCAGCCUUGCGGCCUUCAACACCAUCGCCAGCCUCACCAAGACCUGGGAGAACCUGAUGAUCGUGUUGGCCAACGUGGGACAUCUGGAGAAGAAAGGUCCCUCUGAGACGAAUCUGGACGACGUGAUGGACUCCCUGCUGUGUAUGUCGUUCGUGGGCUCCAUUUUCAGUUUCCUGGCUAUUGCUGCGGACCGUUACAUCACCAUCUUCCAUGCCCUUCGCUACCACAACAUCAUGACGAUGCGGCGCACAAAGGCCAUCUUGGGUGUCAUCUGGGCAACAUGCGGGGUGUCAGCCGUGCUCAUGGUGAGGUUCUUCUACUCCAAGUUCAUCAUGAUCUGCUUUGUCGUCUUCUUUGUCGUCUCCCUGGCAAUUAUCUGCUUCCUCUACGUCUACAUGUUCUUGCUGGCACGCAUCCACGCCAGGAAGAUCGCAGCUCUGCCCGCCGCUGGUGGCGGGGGAAAGUGCCGGCAUCAGCCGCGGUGGGGCAGCGGCAUGAAAGGGGCCCUGACUCUCACCAUCCUGUUUGGGGUGUUCGUGGUGUGCUGGGCGCCGUUUUUCCUCCACCUCAUCAUCAUCAUGGUGUGCCCCGCCAACCCGUACUGUGAGUGUUACCGCUCGCUGUUCCAGCUGCACGUGGUGCUGCUGAUGAGCCACGCCUUCAUCGACCCGGCCAUCUACGCCUUCCGCAGUGCCGAGCUCAGACAUACCUUCAGGAAGAUGCUGCUUUGUUCAGACUGGAAGCGGUGCUCGUAG